AGCUACUCCUACAGUUUACUCCACCAUUUUGGUUGCCACUUGUCUGUGUGUCCCUCCGUGUUCCCCACACUUCACAGCCCUCCUUGUGACCCUGUACUCAUGCACUCAAGACUGUCAAUUUUAUAUUUCCAUUUUGAAAGGCAUAUUUGGAAUUGUUGAUAUUUUGACAACUUUAUGAAAAGACUGAAUGCUGUCGUAAGGAACCAUGUUGACAGCAGAAUAUUUGAUGUUUUGAUUUCAUGAUAACACAAAAGGUUUAGACGUCUGACACGACAUUUAUCAUGAUUAUUGACUGAGUAUCAAAUGGGAAACAAACUGGAAAGUGAGUACUAAAGUUAGGAUGUUUUAGGGAUGUGCCAGAGCAAGGAUGUUGUCUGAAGACAGUGGCCACUCCCUGUAUGGGUCUGUGGGGUGGGGGAUAUCCCAGGUGCUGUGUGUGUGUUGUGUCACCCCCAGGGUCCUUCACACAUUCAGGGAGGAGACGAGCAGGGUGUCGGUAGGGGAGAUGACCGCCGUGGCUGGCCCCUCCAGUCCUGCAGUGCCACAGGUGGAGACCCCGAAGAGCCCUUUUGCCAAUGGUAAUGGCCGACUAGAGAGUGUCACUCAGCUUCACGCAGCUGCCGUCAACGGAGACAAGCCCACCCUCACCAGGCUUGUGGCAGCCUACCCCCAUGAGCUUGAUGCAGGGGAUCAGUUCGGGCGGAGUCCCCUCAUGUUCUGUGUGCUGGCCGACAGACUGGAGUGUGCAGAGACGCUGCUGAAGGCUGGGGCACAGAUCAACCUCCGGGACAAAGGGGGUCGGACAGCCUUGCACUGGGCAGCACAUAAGGGUAAUUAUCGGCUGAUGAAGAUGCUGGUGUCAAAAGGUGCAGACUGUCGAGAGAAGGACAAUGAGGGCCAGACUGCCCUACAUCUCUGUACACGACACAAGCUGCCCAAGUGUAUGGCGUUGUUGCUGCGGCAGCUGACCCCAGGGGAGAUGGACGACCAGGACGACAACAAGAGAACAGCCCUGCACUGGGCAGCCUCCUAUGGGAACCUGGAACAUGUCAAGAUGCUCAUCAAGUCGGAUUCAAAUAUCGGUAUCCCAGACACAGAUGGCAAGACCCCACUCCACUGGGCCGCCAGUAGCCGAGACCGUCAGGCUGUGAGCUGUGUCAAACUUAUCUUGGAAACCACCCCAAGUGUGAUCAACUGGCAGGACUACGAGGGAAGGACAGCUCUACAUCUGGCAGUUGCUGACGGCAACGAGAGUAUCGUCAAUGUGUUGGUACAGACAAGUGUACGGAAGUGUAAUGUGUCUGCGCUGGACAACUGGUUCCGAACUCCCCUGCAUUGGGCAGCUGUGCUGGGCCAUUCGAAGAUUGUGGGUUUCCUCCUGGACAGUGGUGCUGAUUAUGCAAGCUCGGACUCUAAUGGUGCAACACCUCUUCACUAUGCUGCUCAAAAUAACUAUGAUGAUACUGUGGAAGUCUUCCUGUCUCACAAGCUGGUGACCGAUGAGAGUGAUGUAGACGGGCGGACAGCGUUCAUGUGGGCAGCCGGCAAAGGGGCGGACGAUGUUAUCCGUGUAUUUAUAAAACAUUGUGUUGAUAUUAGACAAAUGGACAAGCAUGAAGAAACAGCCCUCCAUGCUGCAGCUUAUUCCGGCCACACCAGCACAGUGCGCAUCCUGCUGGAGUACAGGGCUGACAUCGAUGCAGUGGACCUGAUGAAACACACGCCUCUUUUCAGGGCCUGUGAGUCAGGUCAGACGGACGUGGUGCAGACUCUCAUUGAUGCUGGGGCCAAGGUGGACGUCGUAGAUCAGGAUGGCAGGUCUCCUCUACACUGGGCGGCACUCGGGGGUCAUGCCUACAUCUGCCAGACUCUCAUCAAGUUUGGAGUGGACCCCAACAUCAGGGACACAACCGGGCGUACCCCCAUCCAGUGUGCAGCUUAUGGAGGUUUUGUAAACUGUAUGUCUGUGUUGAUGGAGCACAAGGCUGAUCCCAGCACACAGGAUAAUGAGGGGAUGACGUCACUGCACUGGGCCUGCAGUAUGGGCCACCUGGACACAGUCAAGCUGCUGGUGGAGCACAUGGCCUAUGUCAACCACAUGGAGUUCACUGAAGACAGGUACACACCUCUAGACUACGCAUUGAUGGGUGAGCACCAUGACGUUGCCCAGUACAUGAUAGAACAGGGGGCCCUCUCCAUCACUGGCAUACAGGACAUUGCAGCACAGAAAAUACAGUCGGCAUUUCGAGGCUACCGUGUGAGGAAGACAUUUAUAGAGAGGAAGAGGCUGCUGAUGAAACACGAAAAGUUAAAGAGGGAGGCUGCCAGGAAGCGUGCAGUGGAGGAAUAUCGCAAGAAGGAGGAUGUGCAGCACAAGCGGGACGUGGAAGACAAGUAUGUCACCUCUGAUCUGGUUACCAUGGAGACAGCAGGAACAGUGGACGCGGCACCUGAAGUGGAGGUCAAAAGUGGGACCAAAAAGAAGAAGGAGUACAUGCCAACAGAACGGGAGAUCAUUCUGUCACAGAAGAAAGAAGCACAGAGUAAGAAACAGGCUGAGCAAGAACGACAGAAGGCAAUACGCAGAAAGCAGCGAGCAGCUGUUACCAUACAGACAGCAUGGAGAAGAUACAGAAAGAGAUCCACACAGCUGACCAACCAGCUUGCUUCCACUGCGCGCAGUGCUGUGCGGCGCCGCCGCCUGCGGACAACAGAGGAGGAGUGGGAGAGACAGAUUGCUGCACUCACCAUACAGCUGGCCUGGAGGAAGUUCUUCAGGAAGAAGUUGUUACGCCAGAUACAUCCCAAUAAACGACAGCUGCAGAUGUGGGACCCUGACGUUAUUGCUGCAAAACAGAGGGCUCUGGUCAACCAGAUAUAUACUGAAGCAAUCCAAGCCCCUUUCUGGCACCCGACUCUGAAGCGACAAGUGCGCCCCUUCUGGCACCGGCUGAUUCCCUCGCCUGCUGCUUUAUCCUUUAACUUUGCUGUGGACCAGUACCACCCUGACACUGCUAUGAGGGGUGCUACACCCCAGGUGCCCCCCGAUGACCACACCCACUCCCGCCUCAUCUCCAAGAGCACCCUAGAGGAGGCAGAACUCUCAGAAAGCCUCCAGAAUAUGAAAGUGAGUAAAGGCAGUCAACCAGCACGGUUCUCGUACAACCUGAAUGACCUCAAACUCUGACCCCCAGGUGCUAUUCUACAUAGCAUGUGUAAAGCCGAGAUUGACAAGACAGACUGUGAUAUGGAGUGAAGGCAUUUGCUAGCUAUGUACAUAGUUACAUGUUGAUGAUAAUCCUCUCCUGUGGUGCUCAUUGAUCUACUGAUGUAAGUGGGGAUAGUCAUACAGCCAGUAUGACCAACAGCAAGUUCAACCAGUUCUGAUUGCUUCCACGGAGGUCAUAUCUGAUAUACAUGACUUGUUGCAGUCAUUGCAGCAGUGUUGAUUGGAUUUGUAUUGGUUAGUAUUUGUGAAAAUAAAGUACAAAUUAAAGCUUGAUUAUGUCAAAUGGACAAAUUUCGACAACCAAUUAGAGUGGCCUCCCACCUAAUUUCCAAAGUAAUAGCCUGAAAACCUAAUUGCUCAUGUUUCUAUAACCUUCUGAUUUUAUAAUACUACCCGCUAUUUGUAGAAUUAAUUUGUUUUCAUUUUCAUUAAGCUGAACAAUAUCUGGUCAAAAAAACAAACUUUAUCUUAUUAAUGAUAUGUUAUUGUCUUAAGGUUUGAGUCCUUUAUUACAUCAGUGGAGAUAAAACAAUUGAAAAUAACCAUGUAGUUUGUGCAUUGUUGUGUUUAUAUAUCCUGUGGAAAAUUAUCUUGUGGCCUUAUCUGAUAUUUUAGACUUUAGAGAUACCCCAUUAAAAUACACAUUGUUGAAUUGUUAUAAACUGGAUAAAGAAUACUGCUUUGAUAUCGGGAUCCUUGUGAAGAAAGGAAGCCUCACAAGAAACUCAUUUACUUAUUAUUAUUAUUGAAGAUGCUGUAAGAUAUUGUGAUGUACCUAGUUCUUCAAACAUGUUUAUCAUCCGUCCAUGUUUUGUGUAUAUCAAGCUGUGGCUGUGAAGUAAAACAUUUAACAAUA